GAGUGCGUUUGUCUCAGGCUAAGGUGGAGUGUACGCUGUGCAGGCUGUGGAGUGGUUCGCUACUCUUCCUUUCCCAGUAGAAUAUUGGAUGAGAACAGUGGAAGUCUCUUUCUUUCUCCUACCUCUGACUAUAGACCGUCACCUGUGCUGCAUCCAUGACUUUACAUGCUUGGCUGGUGUAUGGGCUUGGAUUUACUAUGAUAUCUUGUUUUUUCAUCAUGCAGGUCCAUGGACUGCAGUGCUAUGGCUGUAACAUCAUCCAGGGCCAGAGGUACAUGGACAUUGGCUGCUCCAACCCAGAGGUCAUCACCUGCACCCACUCACACAAGGGCUUCAAACAUCGCUUCUGCAUCAAGACAGAGAGCACAGCCCUGGGAAUUGUCCUGACCAGUGGAUGUGCCACAUCAAGACACUGCCAGCAACAAGAGCUGCCUGGAGUGCGCAUCCACUGCUGCACCUCAGACCUGUGUAACAGCACCCCCAACUGUCAAGCGAGCACAUUGCAUUACAUCUACGCACUGGCAAGCCUGCUGCUGCUGAGGUUGUGGUUGUGAUAUGAGGUCACACAGCUUGUACUUAGACAGAUGGAACUCUGGAUAAACCAUCUAUGAAUGACACUUUACAUGGCUAGUUCUCUGUGUCUCUUCUCAGCUCCAUGUGUUAAGGGUCUGAGACUGAGAGGAGGGUUGUACAAUACUGUACAUCAGAGCAGGUUUUGUGAAGAUGAAUUUUCGCUUUUUACAUUUUUUAUCCCAAUGUGAGAAACAAAGGCAAAUAACUAAGCCAAGGUUCUCAUAAUUGAUUAUAAUGAUGAUUUUAUAGAGUUAUUAAAUCAGUUCAGGAAGUGUCCCAGAGAGCAAUGUUCAUUUAAUAAAACCAUCAGUAUGGCUAGCAAAGAAAAGGAAAAGCAUGUUUGCUUUUUUAUUGUUUUCUUUGAUUCAAGCUGAGAUGCAUGUUGCAUGUGGCUUUUAUUUCAGAUUGUAAGAUGGUAAGAAAUACUGUCCAGUGAAAGUAAAAUGUUGUGAAAUACUGUAUUAAAGUAAUUAAAGUGAUAAGACCAUGUUCUCUAUCCUACAACAUACACUUGCAUAUAUUGUUCAUUAGUAACCAAAUCACAUUUUAUUUGUCACGUGCCGAAUACAACCUUACAGGGAAAUGCUUACUUAAAAGCCCUUAACCAACAACGCAGUUUUAUGAAAAUACCUAAAAAAAAAGUUAGUAAAUGUAACAAAUAAUUAAAGGGCAGUAGAAAAAUAACAAUAGUGAGGCUAUAUACAGGGGGUACUGGUACAGAGUCAAUGUGCGGGGGCACCGGUGACGAGGUAAUUGAGGUAAUAUGUACAUGUAGGUAGAGUUAUUAAUGCAAUGCAAAUAGUCUGGGUAGCAAUUUCAUUAGAUGUUCAGGAGUCUUAUGGAUUGGGGGAAGAAGCUGUUUAGAAGCGUCUUGGACCUAGACAUGGCAUUCCGGUACCGCUUGCCGUGCGGUAGCAGAGAGAACAGUCUAUGACUAGGGUAGCUGGAGUCUUUGACAAUUUUAGGGCCUUCCUCUGACACCGCCUGGUAUGGAGAUCCUGCAAUUCAGAAAGCUUGGCCCCGGUGAUGUACUGGGCCAUGCACACUACCCUCUGUAGUGCCUUGCGGUCGAAGGCCGAGCAGUAGCCAUACCAGGCGGAGAUGCAACCCGCCAGGAUGCUCUCGAUGGUGCAGCUGUUAAACAUUUUGGGGACCCAUGCAAAAUAUUUUUAGUCUUCUGAGGGGGAAUAGGUUUUGUCAUGCCCUCUUCAAAUCAAAUCAAAUCUUAUUUGUCACAUACACAUGGUUAGCAGAUGUUAAUGCGAGUGUAGCGAAAUGCUUGUGCUUCUAGUUCCGGCAAUGCAGUAAUAACCAACAAGUAAUCUAGCGAACAAUUCCAAAACUACUACCUUAUAGACACAAGUGUAAGGGGAUAAGAAUAUGUACAUAAAGAUAUGAGUGAGUGAUGGUACAGAGCGGCAUAGGCAAGAUACAGUAGAUGGUAUUGAGUGCAGUAUAUACAUAUGAGAUGAGUAUGUAAACAAAGUGGCAUAGUUAAAGUGGCUAGUGAUACAUGUAUUACAUAAAGAUGCAGUAGAUGAUAUAGAGUACAGUAUAUACAUAUGAGAUGAAUAAUGUAGGGUAUGUAAACAUUAUAUUAGGUAGCAUUGUUUAAAGUGGCGAGUGAUAUAUUUUACAUCAUUUCCCAUCAAUUUCCAUUUUUAAAGUGGCUGGAGUUGAGUCAGUGUGUUGGCAGCAGCCACUCAAUGUUAGUGGUGGCUGUUUAACAGUCUGAUGGCCUUGAGAUAGAAGCUGUUUUUCAGUCUCUCGGUCCCAGCUUUGAUGCACCUGUACUGACCUCGCCUUCUGGAUGAUAGCGGGGUGAACAGGCAGUGGCUCGGGUGGUUAUUGUCCUUGAUGAUCUUUAUGGCCUUCCUGUGACAUCGGGUGGUGUAGGUGUCCUGGAGGGCAGGUAGUUUGCCCCCGGUGAUGCGUUGUGCAGACCUCACUACCCUCUGGAGAGCCUUACGGUUGUGGGCGUAGCAGUUGCCGUACCAGGCGGUGAUACAGCCCGACAGGAUGCUCUCGAUUGUGCAUCUGUAGAAGUUUGUGAGUGCUUUUGGUGACAAGCAGAAUUUCUUCAGCCUCCUGAGGUUUAAGAGGCGCAGCUGCGCCUUCUUCACGAUGCUGUCUGUGUGGGUGGACCAAUUCAGUUUGUCUGUGAUGUGUACGCCGAGGAACUUAAAACUUACUACCCUCUCCACUACUGUCCCAUCAAUGUGGAUAGGGGGGU